GCUAAUGUUUACAACCACUGGGGCUGUCAAUAAGUUUUUAUCGCAUUUACUGUGAUUUUGUCGAUAUUUCAGCAACAAACGAUAAGAAAAGUAAACAAUGGCGCAAACUAAAUGACUUCUUCUUGCAUCCAGGUUUCCGUCCACUGUGAGCCCCCCCCGGUUGGUCCUGACUCACGCUGACUGAGCCGUCAUCUGGAAACAACAUCUCAGUGUAAAUUUGUUUGGUAAACAGCGUCCCGAUGGAGUGGGUGUUCAUCAUGAACCGGAUGAGCUCUCAGGGCAGCUCUGCGGCCCAGCGGAGGCGCAUGGCCCUCGGUGUGAUGAUACUGCUGCUGGUGGACGUCAUCUGGGUGGCAUCCUCGGAGCUCACAUCAUACAUCUUUAAGCGACAGGAGUACAACAAGCCGUUCUUCAGCACGUUCACUAAGACCUCCAUGUUUGUUCUCUACCUGCUGGGUUUCCUGCUGUGGCGGCCGUGGAGGCAGCAGUGCACCGGCACGCUGAAACGCCGCCAUUCUGCGUUUUUUGCUGAUGCUGAGGCUUACUUUGCCUCCUGCACCACUGACACCACUGUGAACAACUGUUUGAGCGAGCCGCUGUACGUGCCGGUGAAGUUUCAGGACGUUCCCGCCGAUCACUCAAACUGUUUAAUUGGAGACUGUGAAUCUUCAGCUUCCAGAAAGCAGCGUGUGCGUUUCAGUAAUAUAAUGGAGGUGCGUCAGCUGCCCUCCACUCAGGCCCUGGAGGCCAAACUGUCCCGCAUGUCCUACCCGGCUGCCAAGGACCACGAGGCCAUGCUGCGCACCGUGGGCAAGCUGACGGUCACCGACGUGGCCAAAAUCAGCUUCUUCUUCUGCUUUGUGUGGUUCCUCGCUAACCUCUCGUAUCAGGAAGCUCUGUCCGACACGCAGGUGGCCAUCGUCAACAUCCUGUCGUCCACAUCAGGUCUGUUUACGCUCAUCUUGACGGCCAUUUUUCCCAGUAACAGCAGCGACCGUUUCACCUUGUCCAAACUGUUAGCUGUAGCGCUGAGUAUGGGAGGCGUCGCCCUCGUCAGCCUCUCCAGUAUGGACAACCACGAUGAGAAUGGCGUCACAGGCUCUCUGUGGUCGCUGGCCGGUGCGAUCCUGUACGCCGUCUACAUCGUGAUGAUAAAGAGACGAGUGGAUCGGGAGGAUAAGCUCGACAUUCCCAUGUUCUUCGGGUUCGUUGGUCUGUUCAACCUGCUGCUGCUGUGGCCCGGCUUCCUCCUGCUUCACUAUACGGGCUUCGAGGCCUUCGAGCUCCCCAGUCAGUUGGUGUGGACGUACAUCCUCAUCAACGGCCUCAUCGGGACCGUCCUCUCCGAGUUCCUCUGGCUCUGGGGCUGCUUCCUCACUUCGUCUCUCAUCGGGACUCUGGCUCUGAGCCUCACCAUCCCGCUCUCUAUCAUGGCCGACAUUUGUAUGCAGAAGGUUCGUUUCUCGUGGUUAUUUUUUGCCGGGGCGGUUCCCGUCUUCCUCUCCUUCUUCAUCGCCGCGCUCUUAUGUCACUACAACAACUGGGACCCGGUUCUGGUGGGUCUGAGGAGAGUAUACGCCUUCAUAUGGAGGAAACAUCGCAUUCAGAGACUGCCAGAAGACAGCGAGCAGUGUGAAAGCCUUAUUCCUCUACACACCAUCUCCCCGAAUGAAGGAAGCUACUGUUCGUGAUCCAACACAACACACACAAAGAGGCCGAACCUCGUGGAUCGCGCCGAGCGGACAAUCUGGAAGCUUUUUCAGAGACGAUGAAAAAACUACCGCAGUGCCUACAAAUAUUAAAAAGCUAUUUAUUUUCUACAGUGUUGAGACGAACCAUCCAUUUCUACACCACGCUCGACUGAGGAGCUGUUUUUACUUUACUUCAUGGUACUCGAAGUGCUGGACUUUAUCAGUGAUUAUUUACUAAUCGUGUCAUAUGACCGGAUGUGAUGGUACGUGUUGAAUCCGAACACUAACAAAAAGAUCUGAAUCAGAGCAAAGCUUCUCUCGCUGACGGCAGGAUAUCCUUGAAUUUACACACAGCAGCGACUGUCACUAAUUUCAACACCUGCGACUGUUGAAACGAAGGCCAUCUGGAGCCGCAUCGUGCUCAUUUUCACUGUUUCUCAUGUGCGAUUCUUCUUUUUUUCUUUUUUUUUUUUGUGCAAAUCGUCCUUGUGACACAUCUGUGUGACGAGAAUCAGAAACUCAGUCCGAACUGUUCACAGUGACCUCCUUCUGUGUGUGUGUGUGUGUGUGUGUGUGUGUGUGUUAGGAGAUAUUUUUCACCUCCUUUAGGCCUCCAGGUGACACUAACAUGGUUUAAUAUUUAAACUAAAGCUGUAUCUAAUGAUAAUUAGACCAAUAACGGUUAAUCUUAAGAAAGAGUUUUGCCUUCAAAUUGUCAGAAAAUAGUGAAAAAUGCCAUAUAUCAUAUUGAAAUUACUUGUUUUAUUGAACCAAACUGAUCAAAAAUCCAAAGAUAUUCAGUUUAUUAUCAUAUAUGAAGAAGAAAAGUAUCAAAUCGUCACAUUUAAGUAUCUUUAACAAGUUAAUUUUGGGCAUUUAUUGCUUUAGAAAUAGCUAAAAAUGAUUAAAUGAUUAUCAAAUUAGUUGCUGGUUAAUUUUCUGUUACACAAUAAAUCGGUUAAUCGACUAAUCGUUGCAGCUCAAACAGAAAAUAUCCUUCAAGUUUUUUCCACAAUCUGGAACUUCAAGAGUCAAAUAAAUCUUUAUCAGUCUGACGUUGUCGGACGUUAACAUUAACGAUUUCCCGCCACACGUUAACGUCGUGUCCCGUUCCUCCUGACAGCGCUGGAUCAUGAAGACAAACUGUGAUCUCUCUUUUUUUGGGUUGUUUUUUUUUUGUUGUUUUAAUGAUGAUGAAUAUGAACUGAUGAUAAAUAAAUAAAUAACUAAAUAAAUGAAACCUUCCUGCUAUAAGCUACAAAAACCGCCUUGCUGCAAUAACGGUCGUCUGCUCAGAAAACGAGCGGUCUCCUUUUUUGUCAGAAAUCGUUGUAAAUACUGUAAACAGUCGACAUUAACACGAGUAUUUCAUGUUUGUUUUGUUUGUUUGUGAAAAUUUCAGAUGACCACUAAAGAUUCACCUGCUCAUAUUUUUCUUUUUUUAUAUUUCAUGUAUCAUUGUGUAAACGAUUACAGCCAAAUUUAACUUGCAAAUGAGAUUAUAUAUAUAUAUGUAUAAAUAUAUAUAUAUGAUUCUUAUUUUCAAAAGAAAAGAAACAAAAAAAAAGAUUUUAUUUACCAUGUUUUUUUUUUUUUUUUUGUGAUUUCAUGUUUAAACACUAAAGCUGAAGGUGAAUUAGUUCAAUGUUGUUCCUCUUCAUCCUGUUAAAUGUCAUCUUUUUUAUUAUUAGAGUGUUUUUUUCCAGCACUCAUCGCUGACUGGACGCGUGAAGUGAAGUAAAUAACCUGCCUGUGAGGGUUAGAUUAACAGGUUGAGCACUUUAAGUGAGACACAUAAACUCGUCUACUUCACGUUCAUUAUUUCAUUUUUCUUUUUAAAAAGCCGUCCCACCUUUCCUUUCACGGUUUUUCUUGAUGAUGAUGAUGAUGAUGAUGAUGAUGAUGAUGAUGAUGAUGACUUUACAGGUGGUAAUAUUUCCAUGUUGUCUGCAAAGACUUCAUCACUGGUGCUUGUGAAAUCAUAAAUAUGAUUUUUUUCUUUCUCAGGUACUUUGUCUUGUUUUUUUGUUUUUUUUGUUUAUUUUUUUACAAUCUGAACCAAUUUCUUUGUCUUUUAAGUGUCAUUAAUUAAUUUUGUUAUACAUGAUCUUAAAGAGGAGGAGAAAAAAAGCUGUAAUAGAAACUUCUCUCUGUUAUCAACUUCAGCUUCUUGUAAUUAUCUUUUUAUUUUGCAAGCCUGUUUUCAU